UGGAUUCAAAGAGUCUGCUGGGAGAUAGUGCCGACGCAACCUACAGAGAUUACGGAUGCCGCUCAGAAGAAGAACGCAUAGUCGGGGAUACUACCGGGCGGCGGAUUUUCCCGGCGACAUGUGAUUCGGCCAGUGUCUGUCAACAAGCAGUGAAUCUACACAACAUCACAUCUGGAUUUAGAUCUACUGAAUUUGCUCUGAUGAAGCAUGUGCACCAUCCAUGGUGUCAGACAGGCCAAACCCUAAGCUGCAGAAGAUCUGGAUGGCCCACCCAUGCAGAUGAUCCACCUGCAAAUGAACCAAUUGUGUCAGACAAUUCAGUAGCGGAUACUAAUCCAUCCACUGCACAUUGUACACCUGAAUAAACCUGGUCAGCUGACUCAGAUGUGCCACAUGGUCCCAGCCAGAAAUUGUUACAGCUGCAAAGAAAAGACCACCCCGAAAAAGAAAACGACCAAAAAGAAAAUUGUAGUUAGCAGCUCUGAGGAGAUUGAUAUCCUCGUCCUACUUGACGAUUAAGAGAGUUCUGAUGAUGAAAGAAGUGAUUAAGGAAACAUAGUUCUGGUUAGUAGUGGGAACCUCUUGGUACCUCACGAUACGAUACGUUUUGCGAUACAAAGCUUCCAAUAAUGAUCUCACGAUAUGGCGAUACAAGGAUUAUCGAAUGAAUGAACGUUCGUUCGACCCUCCCAAUCUAAAUGGAUUGGGCGUCGAGCACCUCCAAUGGCAGCCAUAGAGUUAACCAAGACACUAUUAUGGUGGAAGAUUUUGGUAGCAACUUGUUGGUUCCUUUUUUUUUUUUUUUUUUUUUCUUUUCCUAACAUUGACACCUUUUUAAAACGAUAUCUCGAUUCUUGGCAGGAGCAUAUCGAUAAGUUUUUGGGAUACAAAGUAUGUGUCACCAUUUUUAUAUUUUAUCACACGCCUAGUUCUGGCCAUGGGUAAUUUUGUCUAUUAUGUUAUGAUAUAUGAUCAUAUUCUAUUAUGGUGUAUUAGAUCUUGAGUUGCGUUCAGGUAUUUAAAAAAAUGUGUUUCAUCCGCCAAUCUGAAUGUUUUAUUGUCAAGCUACGUGUUAGGAUUCUAACUUUCACAACAUUUGUUAUGAUUUUGAUACGAAUAUGGAAAAAGUAACUAAGUUGACACAAUACUACUUUUUUUUAACUAGUUAUAUUUUCAAUACUAUUCAUCCUGAGUACAUUCUGAUAAUUUCCAUUGCUCGGAAACAUUGUAAAUUAAUGGGAAAUAUGUCAACUUUACUGGUUUGAUGUUUUAACUUGCUUGGAGAACAAAUGUAAAAAAAAAAAAAAAAAAAAAAAUCUCACAUUGCCCCAGUCUCGCCUUGGUCAAAUUACAUACAUGAUGGCAAAAAACAAAACAAAAAAAUUUCAAAAAUUUAUUGGCUUUAUUCUCAAAGGAGAAGUACUAACAUUGCUAACUGAUUCAAAGAAACAGCAAACUAACAACGUGACAAAGCAACUUGGACAAAGACUAAAAUGAAAACCAAAACUAUAUUUAUACCAGGGGCGUUACAAGAACUAAUACAAUACUGGGGCACAGCGGGGUACUGGCAAGUGGGCAAAAACAUUUUUUUUUUAGCCCAAAAAGUCAGAAAUAGCGCUUUAAACUAUAUAUAAUUAAAUUUAUUGCCCCCCCUUCUUUCGACCAAAGUUACUUGACCAAAAUACAAGUUUCUGUAAAAAAAAAAAAAAAAAAAAAAAAACAGUGACUGCUUUUUGUUUUUCAGCCAUCAGUAUUCAAGAUCAAAAUUGGGACAUCCCUUGUUGAUAGUCAAUUCAAGUUACUGUCACUCGCUCACGUAAUGUUAGCCCUUCGGAGGGCUAGGUUUCUAUUGAUGAUGACCACUGUCGAUGCAUGGCUAACGUGUCUUACAUACAGGCUUUAUUUAAUCUGUAAAAACACAGCGUAGUAGAAUGAUGAGGGUGUAAAAUUAAAACAUAAUACACCUAACUGUCAGUUUUAGCUCAGUAGUCAUUGUUGAAUAAAACACCAAGUAGCACUGGUGCCUAAUGUGCUCCAAUACAGCAGUUAUCAUACAUUUAUUUUGAACACUGCAAAAACUCAAAAUCCUAUCAGUACUUACAGUUUAGACUAACUUAAAACUUAACUAGAACUUAAAAAUAGCUUGACACAAAUGGAAAUUCAAUUGAAACACGUGGGAAAACACCUAGCUUUUAAGUGAUGUGUGUUAUCAAGCGUAAUUACAUUUUUGGUAAGAAAUAUGUUUUUUUUAUUUUUUAUAUAAGAUCUAGAAGUUUUUUGAGUGAAAGCAGAGAUUUUUUUUUCUAGUCACAUCUGAGAUGCAAUUGUUGGCUGUUUUCAACAAUGUACAUCGAAAAUAAAGACGUUGAUUGACUGAAGAUGGUUCAAUAUUGGAUUAAAUGUCUUUUUUUCUCAUGUAUAUUUAUAAUUGCUCUUUACCUUAAAAAAAUGUUUUAUCCGAUUACUUGAUUAAUCGAUAGAAUUUUCAGUCGAUUACUCGAUUACUAAAAUAUUCGAUAGUUGCAAACUUGCAGCCCUAGUCUGUAUUUUGCCUGGCACGGCCAGUCCCCCUGUAUUUUUCAAACACUGAGAGAAAAGUCUGGGAACCAUCCCAUUAACGGCCUCUCGAGCAGGUACAAAAUCAAUCGACAACUCAGAUUCGUUUAUUCGCGUGACGUGUUCUUAACGAGCAACGUCACUCUUGCGCGUCGGAAGUCAUCUCCACAACAACACAAGGUGAACAGGAGAGCCGAGAAUAUGUUCAAAUCCACGGUAAAAUCAGUUUUAAAUUACCAAAAACACAUUGACACGAGUCAUUGACAACAGUCUGUCUCGCGCUAGCCAUGUUGAAUAAACUCCGCUCUCCUCGUAUGUUUACUUCACCGCGCAAGUCCCUCGUCCUGCACUCGUCGUUUUACUAACGUCACGUCUGCCCGUCGCUGAUUGGUCCACUCUGCUGUCUGUUUGCUGUGACUUGCUCCGCCUUGGAAAUUGUAACCGCUGAAUGGUGGCCAGACUCAAUAGCUGGAACAGCGGUGAGUCUGGUGUACCAGGCAAGUAUUGACUUAUACUAAUUUUUAUGUGUAUUGGUUCAGCCGACACCGUUCAGUUCAAACCUUUGUUUUAAAAAUGACUAAAGAAGCAUUUUGAAAACUUCCAGAAUUUUUUUUUCGGAUUUUAUGAGCAAAUUUAACUUGCAUUAUUUGAACAUAAAUUAUAUUACCAUUCACAAUAAAUACAAACUUGUUAAUCAUCCCUUAACUAUCCGGGAAUGCAAAAAAUUAAACAUUUGUCUUAAUAUCACACAAGAUUUUCUAAAGAAAAGAAAUUAAAUAUAACUGAAAAUCUUCUUUGUCAGGAAAUAACAACAAAAAACAAUUGAGCCGUUUUCCUGGUAAACUACUGCUUUUUUCCACAAGUACAACCAAACUAAAAAAAAAAAAAAAUAAAGCUCCUGUGGAGUGAUUUAAGACCACAUAAAUAAAAUUAAAAGUAAAAUUCGGGAGAAAAAGGUAAAACUCGGUUCACUACAUUUCUCACAGUUUAAUUAACAGUAGAAAACACAGUUUUGCAGGUUAGCAACUUCACACAGUUUAAUGUUAUGCUAACUCUGAUGCAGGUCAGACUUUCACUUGCAAAAUUAGUGUUGUUCUCCACUUCCACAACAUUGACAUAUUUUUACAUUUGUUACAGUGGCUGCUGUUGGCUGGAAAAAAAAACUUCUAAUAUGUCUAAUAUCUUCUAAUGUGUGGGUGUCUGUGGGUGGUGGGGGUCAAAGUCAUUAGCCAAUAAAAUGUGCGGUUAGGAGGAAAAAAAUGGACCGGCACAUUCAGAAAGUUAAAAGAGAUAAAUGUAAUUCUGAACAUAAUGAAAAUAAUUUACUUAAUAAUAAUGGGGUCAAUUACAACAGUUUAAACAUAUGGGAAGUGGUGGAAGUUGGUGGGGACAAUUUGAGCAUCCUAAAAAGUUGCUAGUGUUUUGUCCCUACCGUCCCUAUGCAAACCUACGCCCUUGAUCCAACCACUCUUCCUUCACUCUGAAGCUUGCUCUACUUUGUCUGGACUGUAACUGUUAUGCAAUUAAUCAGUGUUUCCCAACUGUACAUGGUGACCCAAAUUGGUUUAUGUUCCCUAGGGGGUUAUCUAGCUUACCUUUCUCAUUCCUCCUUGCUGAUUUAUCUUUGCUGCAAGCUAACAACUUUAAUAUAUCCACUUGCAAGAGUAAUACUGUUUGAAUCAAAUAGAAAUAUAAAAUAAGACAUCUUGUUACAGAUUACAGGGACUGCAGUAACAAAUAAAAUGCUAGUAAUACAGCUGGAAAUGAUGAUGAGCAUACACACAAAAUUGUUAGCUGGUAUAUCCAAAAUUAAUUCAUACAGUUUGAUUCAUUUUGGUCAUAUAAACAAAUGGCAAUAAACAGCAUCAGUAAUGAUACAAGUUCAGAUACCUCAAAUCAUUUUAACACAAUACUCUCAAUCAAAUCGCAUUUAAUUGUAACUGUAUUCAUAGCCAGUACGCUAAAAGACAGCAGCUAAUCUGCAACUUCAAUUUGCGGUCCGAGUAGUUUACCGCAGUUAACUGCCUGACACACAAAGAGUAAAGUUGAACCAUUUAAAGGGCAACUGAAGAGCUUUUCAGAUUUCGCUCUUAAGUGUUUUACUCAGUUGAAUUGUAUUAAAUGCGUCAUUCGCUCUCUCAAAAAGUCACAUUAAAAAAAAAAAUAAUAAUUGACCGCGUAGUUUUUGAGUUAUGGCCAUAGCAACACCAUAGCAACGAGGGACGCGCCGUCCUGCCGACCCCUACCUCAUGACGUAACUUCCAGGAAGCCUCGCCACCACUCUGAACGCGGAAAUAUAGCACCACGCUAUCCUCGCCAUAUAUUGCAAACAUUUUCUGGGUUUUACUCGCGGGAUUCGUCAUGCCAUCUCGAUGUGUAGCGAUGAAUUACUCACAGGAAGAUUCAAGACUCUAGGAGUGGUCCCAAAACAACUUCUCCUGCAAAGGUUUGGACCGUUUUUGUUAGCAUGCAUACAGGUCCCCAAUCGGCUCAUUGUUUUCUUCAUUUCAGCCACGACAGCUUUGAAAACCUACAACAAUGCAACCUUGGUUUUGCAAAGACGUAAGUAGAACAUUAAUGGCUUUUUUUGAUAAACGAGGAGGACUCCUACUGCCUGUUUGUUGUAGUGCGACAUUUUUUUUUUUUUUUUGCUGUUGGCCUGUCAUAAGUAGAUAGGUUGGCUGACGUCGUCUACUCGUGUGAUUUUAUUACUAUAUCAAUAGGUGUUAUGUAAUUUCAAAUGUCCCCAGCACCAAAGAGGUCCUUGGCUCGUUUUUUAUACUUUAACAUCAAGGUCUGCCUAUUUGAAGAGGGAACAAUAGCAUCAAAUAGAUGCUGCUAUGACUGGGGAAUUAUUAUUUGAUCACCAAGAAAUUAUUAUUAAAUUAAAAUUAGGAUUCAUCCAAUAUUUUCAUGCUGCUGUGAUUUUUUUUUUUCUCCAGGAAGCCAAACAUAAAAAAUUAAGUGGCGGAAACCCUCAACACGAUGAAAAAAGCGUUGCAAGUCAGUUGCCACCCAGUUUCCCAAAAUCAAGACAGAGUGGGUCGAGUCAUAUGAUGACCGAAGGGAUGCGGUGUCCAGCGAUGACGACUGAAGAGAUCCUAUGAGGCCUGCCAGAUGCUGAAUUACUUCCGUCUGCGACAUCAGAUGACGAUGAUUUAGGAGAAAUAAAUGUAGCAAAUUUUGAUGACAUGAAAUCAUAAACUAGUCAUAUACAGUGCUGCUCGAAAGUUUGUGAACCCCACAGCGAUGGUCAGAUUUUUUGUAAAAAAAACUAAAAUAACCUUAUUAAAUGUUAAGUUAUACCCAAAUCCACAAUACUGACAUUCCAAAUAAUGGACUGAAACAAAAGAAAUAGUUAUAUUGUCAUUCUUUAUUUAACAAAAGUGGUUGAUUUAAGAAAAACUCAGAUAUCAUGUGUGCAAAAGUAUGUGAACCCCUUCAGUUAAUAGGAUAUUGCGCCUCCUUUUGCAGAGAUUACCUCAACCAAACGGUUUCUGUAGUGACUAAUCAGCCUCUCACAUCUACUUUGGGGGAUUUUUGCCCAUUCUUCCUUGCAGAACGCAGUCAGUUGAGAGAGGUUUGAUGGGCGUCUGGCAUGAACUGCUCGCUUCAGGUCCCGCCACAGCAUUUCAAUGGGAUUUAGGUCAGGACUUUGACUGGGCCAGUCCAGAACACGAAUCUUCUUCUUUUUCAGCCAUUCCUUGGUUGUAUUGCUGGAAUGCUUUGGAUCAUUAUCAUGUUGCAUGAUCCACCUUCUGCCAAGCUUUAACUUCAAAACAGAUGGCGUCAGGUUAUGUUCUAGGAUUUGACAAUAUUCCUCAGAAUUCAUGAUUCCCUGGACUAUGUGGAGUUGUCCAGGUCCUGAGGAUGAAAAGCAAGCCCAGAUCUUGACAUUCCCACCUCCAUGCUUCACUGUUGGGAGAAGGUUCUUUUGGUGGUAUGCAGUGUUGACUUUUCGCCAGACAUGGCGGUUUUGGUUGUGACCAAACAGUUCAAUUUUGCACCUACAUCAGUUGAUGAAAACUCUUUUUAAUUUAGUCUCGACAACACAAGUGUUAAAAAAACAAAAAAAAACUACUGAAUUGAUUGAUUAGGAAAUCAGGUUGAAAUAAUAGAAAAUUCCAAAAUGUUGAGGGGGUUCACAAACUUUUGAGCAGCACUGUAUACAGUACACAUUUUUUAAAAGAAAAAUCAAGUUACCUUCAUAUUUUAAUGAUAAUGCAUUAUCUUUGUAUAGAGAACACUUCAUGCUACAGAAAAGAGUAAAUACAUAUACAUAAAUCUGGUAUCAUUUAUUAUUGUGGCCUUUUAAAUAUUUUUUCAGAAUGUAAUAUAAUUACAAUAUAUUAUAUACCAAUAGAAUACAUUAAACAGUCAACAAAAUGUGUCAAUGUUGUUAACAAUUUAUGGUUUUAUUUUUUUAAUGUAAUUCAUGCCCCUGUCAGUGCUUCAGCCUCCUCAAGUUUGGCUCUCACGUCUGGGAUCUCCUGAUGACACAGGCAUACUCUUGGAAGGAUGAUGACCUCUACAUCCAACAAGCUGUUGUCCUCAUUGAAGAUGCAAUUCAGUAUCGCUCCAUUAACCACCGGGUGGAUACAAGCUCACUUCAUCUAUAUCGCUGGUACUACGCGAGGAUAUGCCAGUGGGGCUUAGGCUUGACCAUUGCAGUGGUGCUGUUGCUGGCUUUUGUGGAGCGCCCGUCUUCCCUUUCUGUUACUUCAGACUCUCGAUAUCGCUCUCCACCCUGGGAGCCUCCUUGCGGACUGACCGAGAGCAUUGAGAUCAUGUGUCUUAUCAUCUUUACUCUUGAUCUUGCUGUUAAGAGCUACUUGAUUGGCUGGGAUGAAUUCCGAAAGAAUAAAUGGCUGGUUAGCUAUACCAUUGUCAUUGCGGUCUCCAUCAUUGAUUGGGUCUUGUCCAUCAGCAUGAUCUGUGAUGAGAAACUGAGAGUUCGACGACUUAUUCGACCAUUCUUCCUUUUGCAAAACUCAUCCCUGAUGAAAAAGACUUUGAAGUGCAUCAAGAGAACUCUGCCAGAGAUUGCCAGUGUCAUUUUGCUGCUUGCACUUCACCUCUGUCUGUUUACGAUGAUUGGCAUGUUGUUGUUCCCUAAAACUGAGGAUCCAAUUAAAAAUGAAGAGUGGAAAGUAUAUUUUCGAAACCUGCCUACUUCACUGACUUCCCUGCUGGUGCUGCUCACAACAGCAAACAAUCCAGAUGUGAUGAUUCCUGCUUACUCCCAAAACAGAGGAUAUGCCAUUUUCUUUGUAGCCUUCAGUGUAAUUGGAACUUACUUCCUGAUGAACUUAAUGACAGCCAUUAUCUACAACCAGUUCAGGGGAUAUUUGCUGAUGGCAGUCCAAACAUCCAUAAUCAGAAGGCGUCUGGGAAUCCGAGCUGCCUUUCAAGUCCUUAGCUGUCAUAAUGCUGAAAAUGCUACUGGGGAGAGUGUGCCAGUUGAUGCUGUGCUGCAAGUGAUGUCCAGAAUCCAGAUGCAAAGCUACUACAGAGAAGCCAUACUUUUGGCGAUACGUCAGUAUGAAACGGAAGGCUUUAUGAAUAGAGAGCAGUUCGGACAAAUAUUUGAUGAACUUGAUAAAGACCGCAUAAAAGAGCACCCUUCCUUACCACAGUAUAACUCUGUCGGAUUGCAGAAGCUGCAGGUCAUCUUCAGUCACUACUUUUUUACGAUAUUUGGCAAUGCAGUGGCAUUGGCCCAUGUGGUGUGCAUAUGUACCGUGUUGGUACUGAAUUCAGAAAAGUCUGUUGCAGAGAGAGAUAACCAUAACAUGGAGAUAAUCAACAUGUGUUUCAUCAUCUACUACCUGUUUGAAAUGUGUGUGAAGAUAUUUGCCUUGAGCUGGAGAGGGUACCUUUCCUACAGAAACAACAUAUUUGAUGGAUUCCUGACCAUCGUACUGCUGGUCCUGCAGAUAACUAUUUAUGUUACCUACCGGCUUCCUUAUUCAAAUGUGAAGCAGUCCUCUCAGGGAACAUUCUCUCUAUGGGAAAUGGUUCGUUUUGUUAACAUGCUGAUUGUCUUCCGCUUCCUGCGCAUCAUUCCGGAUAUUAAGCUCAUGGCUUUGGUUGCAAGUACCUUGUUGGACCUGGUGAAAAACCUAAGAGCCUUUGCAGGGAUACUGGUGGUUGUGUACUACAUGUUUGCCGUGUUUGGCAUCUGGCUAUUCGAGGGAGCCAUUAAACCACUGCCGCAUAUGAGUGUGCCCUACAAUACAACUAUGAAAAAUAUCACUUCUAAUUUGAGCAUUGAAUGUGGCACAUAUGAACAGCUGGGUUAUUGGCCAAACAAUUUUGACGACUUUGCUGCGGCCAUCAUUUUGCUGUAUAAUAUCAUGAUAAUCAACAACUGGCAGGCCUUCAUGGAAGUGUAUACCAGAUACACCACUGAGUGGUCCAAAAUUUACUUUGUGUGUUGGUGGUUCACGUCGUCUGUCAUGUGGGUAAACUUGUUUGUGGCACUCAUCCUCGAGAACUUCACGUAUAAGUGGGAUCGCAGUCAUAGCUGUUCUGUUACAGAUGUGGAGAGGAUCAGAUAUGAAACAUCUGUUCAACUCAUAUUCAAAGAGCAGGUCAAAGAGCCCACAGAAGAAGAAUUGCUUUGCCAGCUCCAACAGCACCCCCAUCUACAUUUACAUUGGGGAAACACAUGACACAAACUAGCUGUAGUGAUGGUUCACGCAAAUCUCUGCUGUUACUGUUGGCCGUGUAGCAAUUCAUCGACAUUCAUAUUAUAAUAUGCCAAUACCAUAAACAUUUUCAUUCAGUGCUCCCGAUCCAUAACGGUUUGUGGGUUGUGUGGAUGUCUGACUACAAAAAAAAAAGACUGAAUGGAUAAAUCAAGACAUGUUUACCCCGUUGCAAUAUAUAUACAUAUAUCUAUGUAUAUUUAAAUUCAUUUAUUGUAUGGUGUUAUGGUGUUAUACUUGUAUGGGAUUGAUGAUUAAUGUGCAGGAGCACACUCCCACAGACACACACACUUUUCACUUUUCACACAUUCAUAGUCAACAACACAACAAUUAUACUUAAAAUUAAAAAGUGUAGAGCAUCGUUUCUGCUGAAAACUACAUUACUUUUCUACGUCCAAUACUUAGUACUAAGAAAAUGUGCAUUUUGCUUUGUGAGAGCUGUAUUACGAUAUUAUUAUUGGUAGAUUAUUAUUACGAUUAAUAAUAUUAGGAGAUAAAGGUUGACCUUACUGGAGUUUUUUACUGUUAUUUUGCACACAUUAAAAUUUUUUGAACAAAAAUCAGUUUCUCAUGU